CUCAGUUCAUCGGUCCUGUGCAGCUAACAUACAAAUUCCAGUCCUCUCAACUAUUAAUCUCAGCGGAAAAAACAAAAGUAACUCUUUAAUUUUGAUCAUCCGUCUCAACUCAGAAGCUCUCUUCUCAAUUAUUUCUCUUCAUCUCUCUGCUGCUGCAGCAAAAGCCCAUUGGUUCCUUUCAAUUUGGCCUAAAUUUCUCACUAUCAAUAUGGAAGGUGGCGAGAAGAUUAACACUUCAGAGGCAAAUAAUAGCUGCACGAUUCCAAGAGAAAUGGAUGGUUUACAUCUCAAGCCUGUUGCAUGUUUGGAGUCAGGAGAAGGCUUACCUUAUGCUCCUGAAGAUUGGCCAUAUCCAGGUGAUAUCUGGACUUGGAAAGUUGGAAAAAGAGUCAAAGCUUCAGGAUACUUUCAAGAUAGAUACUUGAUUGCUCCAAAAAGGCUUCAAGAAACCCCAAGAAAGAAAAUGUGGUUUUUGAGCAAGAUUUCUCUUAAAGACUAUAUCAAAACAAACUUCCCUGAAGCUGAUAUCAAUGCUUUUUUCUCAUCAUUCGUUUGGGAAAUUCCAGCUGAAUUCAAUGCUUUUUUCUCGUCAUCUGAGGGUAAAGCAGAAGCUAAGCCACAAUCUCAAUCACCUCAUCCUGGAAAGGCCUGUAAAACUGGUCAAGGAGGAGGAACUUCUUCGCGGAAAAGGAAGUCCAAUCUGAAGCAGCAAGGACGGUAUUUAUGGAAGAAAGUUCAUUCUAACAUCGCUAAUACUGAAGUCCCUGAUGCGCUCUUAAUUAAGGAAGAAAACAUAGAAAGCAAUGAAGCACCGAAAGAACCAGAAAGUUCAUUGUUGGAGAGUGUUCCAGCAUCUGAUGACAAUGCAACCAUCACUCUAGCCUGCCAGCAGGAACCAUCAACUUCUCUCAAGGAACUUCCUGUUGAAGUAGCUCCAGAGGAUUUCGACAAUUAUAUUAAUUCACUUGAUGACAUUCUACUUUUGCCUCUUCACCAAAGUCCAAGCAUUAGCUUUGGCUCUUGGAGAGAAAAAGAAAUGACUGAAGCUCGAAAGAAACUUGUUAACCUCCUAAAUAUUGGUUUUCCUGCUUUAUUUACCUCUGAAAAAAUUACCGAAAUCACAACCUUGUCUUUGGAGCUCCAAAAUGAUCCUAACCUCAGUGCUAGAGAGCUUUCAAUGCUAAAGCUAAUCCAAGAAAUCCCAUUGGCCAGCAACUAUUUCCUGAAAGCUAAGCGAUUAGCUAAGGAAGCUGACAAAUUCUUUGCUGACCUUGAGGCUAAAGUGACUCAUGUUUCUACGCUAAGGGAUGAAUACAAUGCGUCAAAGCAAGAAAUAGCUCUACUUGAGGUUGAAGACGUGUCUACUUCCUCAGCUAUAAAGGAAAUUGAUGAAAAGAUUGCCAUCUUGCAAUCACGUCGAGCUGCAUUAGCCAAGGUUGCUGACAGAACUAACAAGAAGAGAGCUGAAGCAAAAACAAAGCAAAGAAUGGUCAUGGACAAUCUUCCAAAGAUAGUUGAUGAAAUUCAGGUGGCUAACUCCCAAAGCUCAGAGUGGAAGCUCAAGAAACAGAAGUCAGCAGAGAAGGAAGUUGAGAUAUUGACCAAAUUUGCUCCACUCAAGGGGUUCUCCAUCUAAUUUAACUUUUGAUUUUAUCUAUAUCUGUUGUUAUUUGUGUUUUCAAGCCUGAGGAAAUUGAUCUAACCUUCAUUGCCAUCUAGGGGUUUUGCUGUAGGUUGGUUAUCUAGUUUUCAUGAAAUCUCUGGUCCAAAAAGGAAGAAAGAAGACAAUCUCUGCUCCUCUAUAUGAUGUGUCUGGGUAUUUCCUAUGUAGAACUCUUUCGUUGUAAUAUUUUGGAAAAACCUUCUGCUAAA